GCCUGUCAUCGAUGAGCUGUCAGUCCUGUUUGGUUUGUUCAGAUACACAAUAAAGGAGAUCAAAUACUGAUUUACUCUGCUUUAUUUUACGGACCGAACGGUUCUGGACGGCGGAUCACUGACCAAGCCACCUAGCCCGGAAUGUCCCCCGCAGCAAGACUCAGAACAGGUUUCGGUGUGGAGGAGGAAGCAUUUUGUGCCGCUAAAGGUGACAGAAAGACUCGAAAACCUAUAGUGGAGAAAAAGAGACGAGCGCGCAUUAAUGAAAGCCUGCAGGAUUUCAGGACACUACUCACAGAUAACAUUUUGCAGACAAAAAUGGAGAAUGCAGAGGUGCUUGAACUAACAGUAAAACGAGUUGAGAGCAUCCUACAGAACCGUCCUAAGGAGGCUGAAGCUGUGAAUCGAGAGGCCAGUGAGAGAUUCGCAGCAGGUUAUAUCCAGUGCAUGCAUGAGGUACACAACUUUGUGUCCACAUGCCCGGGGAUCGAUGCAACAGUGGCUGCAGAGCUGCUCAACCACCUGCUGGAGUGCAUGCCAUUUAAUGAGGAUCACCUUCAGGAGAUGAUCAUGGAGCUCAUAUCAGAGCCUUCCUCCUCCAGUGGAUCAUGGCCAGCUAGAGAGGUGUUAAGUCCAGGAGGCCGCAGUGUGUCCGACCUAUUCUCAGCACUGUCCCCAUCCCCGUCCAGUCCUUCUAGUGAGGAUCUCUGCUCUGACCUAGAGGAGACAGAGACUGAAGGAAGUCCUGCAUCAGCUGAGGACAACCUGAACUCCUCCAUCAUCACACACUCUAAGUUUAUGUGGCGGCCAUGGUAGAAAUCUCUUGAAUGUCCAAACAUCUUUAUUCAUAAUUCACUUA